AUGGAAAACAAAAAAGGAGAUCACUGGUCUGACGUAUUAAAGAGGAGGCAAGAAAAAGCUUCAAAAGCUGAAAGGAGCGAGGAGGACAAAAAGGCAGAAGAAACGGAACUAUUCACGAAGUUUUACACAGAGUGGAAGGGAGGAGGCCACAAAGACAAGUCCUACAACAACAUCCCACGGUUUUACUACAAACUUCCAGCAGAAGAUGAAAUACUGCUGCAAAAGCUGAGAGAGGAAUCAAGAGCUGUGUUUCUACAACGGAAAAGUCGAGAACUUCUUGAUAAUGAGGAACUACAGAAUCUUUGGUUUCUUCUCGAUAAACAUCAAGUGCCUCCGAUCACAGGAGACGAGGCCAUGAUUAGUUAUGAAGCGUAUCUACAAGUGGGUGAAAAAGCUGGACCCAAGUGCAAAAAGUUCUUUACUGCCCGGGUGUAUGCCAAGCUGCUUCACAGUGACCCUUAUGGAAGGAUCUCCAUCAUGCAGUUCUUUAAUUAUGUCAUGAGGAAAGUGUGGUUACAUCAGACCCGGAUUGGCUUGAGUCUGUAUGAUGUGGCAGGGCAGGGUCACCUCCGAGAAUCUGAUCUUGAGAACUACAUUUUGGAAUUGAUCCCGACCCUGCCUCAGCUCGAUGGACUGGAAAAGUCAUUUUACUCUUUUUAUGUCUGCACUGCUGUCCGCAAAUUCUUUUUCUUCCUCGACCCUCUGCGAACAGGAAAGAUAAAAAUCCAAGACAUUUUGGCAUGUAGUUUUUUGGAUGACUUGUUAGAGUUGAGAGAUGAAGAACUGUCCAAAGAGAGUCAGGAGUCAAACUGGUUUUCAGCCCCAUCUGCCCUCAGAGUCUACGGCCAGUACCUUAAUCUGGACAAGGAUCACAACGGCAUGUUAAGCAAAGAGGAGCUGUCACGUUAUGGAACAGCCACUUUGACUUCAGUCUUCCUUGACAGGGUUUUUCAGGAGUGCCUUACGUAUGAUGGAGAAAUGGACUACAAGACAUAUUUGGAUUUCGUUUUGGCCUUGGAAAAUCGAAAAGAACCCGCUGCCUUGCAAUACAUCUUCAAACUCUUGGACAUGGAGAACCAGGGAUAUCUCAACGUUUUCUCUCUCAACUACUUUUUCAGGGCCAUACAGGAGCAGAUGAAAGUUCAUGCCCAAGAGCCCGUGUCUUUCCAAGAUGUCAAGGAUGAGAUUUACGACAUGGUCAAGCCCAAAGAUCCAUAUAAAAUUACUUUACAGGACUUGGUGACCUGCUGUCAAGGAGAUACUGUUGUUAGUAUACUGAUUGACCUCAAUGGCUUCUGGAGUUACGAAAACCGGGAAGUGCUGGUUGCCAAUGACAACGGCAGUAGCAACGCAGCCGACUCUGACGACACAUGA